GGGAAAUGCAAUUUUUGAACAAACACUAUUGAUUACUCUCCCAAGGUCACCUCCGUGUUUGUAAUACUCACUUACCAUCUAAUGCUAUUUCACAGUUUGUUUAGGUUAAGUCCUCGGUUUAUCUGUAUAUCUCGGAUUGUCCGUUCAAACACUUCAAGGUCAAUCGUCGCCGCUAUGACACAUCGCGAGUCAAUACGGCCUGUCAUCACGUCAGAUCUAUGUUCUCAGGACUUCGAUUCUGUUGUACUUGUGGUCGAAGACGUGUCAGAUGCAUUCUCGUUUACUCCUCUGUUUGAAACGUUACAAGAAGCAUCACAGGUGAACCAGAAAUUCUCUUCAGAUGUCCACACCUUGACUUGUCGUUCUUUACCAUCUAAACGUUUGGUCGUUUCGUUUACUGGUCACCUUGAUCAAGACAUUGAUGAUGCUCGUCGAAUAACUGAAGCAUCGACGAAAGGUAUAUCUCAAGCUAUCAAAAUCGGAUCUAAAAGACCUCUCCUUCUGUUGGGUCCAUUAAAAACGGCUAAAAAGUUGGAACACUCUUGGCUUGAACCAUCCGUUUCUUGUUUGGCGUCUUUGCUCGGUGCCUUCCAUGCUUUGUAUGUGCCCCUCGAAGUUCGUGAGUUUGACCGUCCGGAAGGUUCUACACGCACAAAACCUAUUCAAUCACAAAAGGCUGAAGUCCUGGGUUGGUUUUCUGGGACACAUUACGCAGUAGACCACGAGAAACUUACUGGAUUAGCCUGGUGUUUGGAAGAGGGUUUACGAGUAGCACGUGAUAUAGGUGGAUCUGACCCAGAACGUAUGAGUGCAAAGAAUAUAGUGACGUACCUUCAAAAAGAAUUGACAGAACCUGUUCAGAUGACUGAUUGUCCUGUCGAUCAAGGGCUUUACCCUCUGGCAGCUAUAGUAGAUCGUGGAAAUAAUGAAAGACAUCGUGGUCACGUUGUACACUUAGAAUACAAUGGAUCUACAGAAUCACAGAUUGACCCUCAGCAAUUAGUCAAUUUGUUUUUAGUUGGUAAAGGUGUUACCUAUGAUACAGGUGGCUCAGAUCUUAAAGUUGGAGGUAUUAUGGCUACGAUGCAUCGGGAUAAAUGUGGUGCAGCUGCUGUUGCUGGAUUUUUCAAAAUUUUAAACUUAUUGAAACCGAAAAACUUAAAGGUGCAUGGUACUUUAGGUUUAGUUCGUAACAGCAUUGGUGAAAAUGCUUAUGUAAGUGAUGAAAUAGUAACUUCACGUGCUGGAGUACGGGUUCGCGUGAACAAUACUGAUGCUGAAGGUCGAAUGGUUAUGACUGAUUUAUUAUGUGAAGCUAAGGAGAAGGCAUUGAAAGUACCAAAUCCACGACUACUGACAAUCGCUACUUUGACUAGUCAUGUUGGAUUAUGCUAUGGACUAGGAUAUACGGGUAUCGUUUGUAACGGUCCGGCUAAAGAACUUGGAGAAGAUUAUGACUAUCAGUUCGCUGGAUCAUUGUUAGGUGAAAUGCAUGAAAUAUCAACACUCCGACGUGAAGAUUAUGAUGCGCAUAAAACUGAUGAAGAAUAUUCUGAUCUAUUGAAUUCUGCUCGCCUGAUUGGUGGAAAACGUAGUAGAGGGCAUCAGUCUCCAGUCGCAUUUAUGAUUAUUGCAUCUGGUUUGGACUCCCAUUUGAAAAAUACUGAAAAGCCUUUGGCGUACACACAUAUGGAUAUCGCUUCAAGUAAUGGUCCUUGUCCUGGCAUUCCAACUGGUACGCCUAUUUUAACACUAGCAUCGCGUUACAUUCUUCCAGAACAGAUGAAAUGGCCUAAUAGAAAGGUGUAGAAAUGAACAAAUUGUCGACAUUUUUAUUAAGUUAAACGUUGAUAUGAACGAUUUUCAAGAUAGUAGUAACUUGUUGUUAAGUCGGGUAAUAAUUUUGAUUCACAGCUGAUGUAACAAUGUACUUUAUAUUAAUUGUUACUUAUGGCCCUUUUAAAUUUUGGUACUCAUGUAUUACAUCAUUUAGUAGUAACUUGUUGUUAAGUCGGGUAAUAAUUUUGAUUCACAGCUGAUGUAACAAUGUACUUUAUAUUAAUUGUUACUUAUGGCCUUUUUAAAUUUUAGUACUCAUGUUUUACAUCGUUUACACCUUUAAUCAAACUAUCUUAAAUGGAUUUUUUUAAAGUUCAACGAUUUGUUUUCAUUAUCACGUUCUUGGAUUGUUGUGCCGUACUACUCGUAGUUGAACAGUUGUCUUAAUUUCUAAAGCGUUUUGCUUUCAACCACUAACUCUCAGGUUUGAAUCUCUGUUUGUAUGGUCAACUGAAUAGUAUCACUAACCAUUAUACAUUCAAAAUGUUUGCGACGGAACCAAGUAUACAAGUCUGAGUUAAUAACAAGGAGUACAUAGGAAAUUGUGUAUCAGCAUUCCGGGUAGGCAACUUUUUGAAAUGAUGUUUUUCGUUGCAAAAUUUUCAGUUAUUUAAGUAGUUUUGGUGUGAAGAAAAUUUGUUCGCAAACUCUACAAGUCCCAGAUUUUCAUUUAAAAUCGAUUACUGACAGGAAGUUUACUAUUUGUAGACCUGAUCAAAUAAUCGUAUUUGUUCAUUUCUAGUCUAUUAUGACAGUUUAGCUUUCGCUAAAACGUUGUUUUGUCAAUAUAAGAUUCCUGAUUGUAAUUCAUAGAUAACCAUUAGAUAGAAUCUUUGCAAGGUAAUGUACUUUAUCUGAAUAUAUAAUGAUUACUUGAUUCGAUGUUAUCAAGCACAAGUGUCCGUAGAUACGGUAUGAGCUUUGAACCUUCGAAGUGCAAAGUACUUCUACAAGACUGGCAGGAUUCUAAUCCUGUACUCAUUCUGGAUGGUGAGCAGAUAGAAGUAGUCGAGAAGUUCAUGUAUUUGGGUAGCUGCAUAAGUGCUGGUGGGGGUGUGAGUGAUGAGAUCAAUGCACGUAUAGUAGAAGCCAGAGAGGCUUAUGCCGAUCUGGGCCAUCUUUGGCGCCUUCGUGAUGUUAGUCUGGCCGUAAAAGGUCGAAUCUAAAACGCGUCGGUGAGAGCAGUUUUACUCUAUGCUUGUGAAACCUGGCCUCUCCGAGUUGAGGAUGUUAGAUGACUCUCUGUGUUCGUUCAUCGUUGUCUCCGAAGAUUGCUGAAAUCCAGUGGCAACACCAUGUUAGUAAUGCAGAGGUCUGGCAUCAUGUGUUCGGGCACAGAGACGAUAAUGCGAUUGGUAUCAUCAUCUUGAAACACCGACUUCGGUGGCUUGGACAUGUUCUAGGAAUGUCGUCCCAGAGAAUUCCACGUCGUGCAUUAUUUGGGACUGGUUGAAAAAGGUGGAGAGGUGGCCAGUAUUUGACAUGGUGUCGUGGUAUGAAAGAAAGCUGCAAAGGACUGGCUUGUGUCGGUUUUUUACGACUCCCUCGGUUAGGGUCCGAGAGAUGGUGCUACACAGUAGCUAGAGACGUUAUCAGAUAUGACUCGGAAUAGAAGCUAUUGGCGAUCCUGCUGUAACCUUUUGCUUUCUUCAUAAAAGUGGUAUCUUCUUCAUUAACUGAAAGAGCUCUUCUGAUUGUACUCUUCUGUUGCCCUACUAUUGCUAUUAUUAUUAUUACACCACCUUACAUCAAUCUCUUAGUUAUUAUUCUCUUUUUUUUCUUUUCCUUCCCCUUAACUUUUCAUUGUUUUGUGUGGCGCAUUCUUGUACCAAUAUUUAUGUGCUCAAAUAAAAAAAUAAAUUACAACACUGAUUAAUACUUGAU